AAAUCACCAUUGCGAUUGUCUAAGAAUAAAAUUAAAAAAGCUGUUUUGUCAGAUUUCCACUUUUGAUUGAAGCAAGUGAUAUACGUGAUGUAUUUGUGAAAAUGUAAUUAGCUUCUCGGUUUCACCAUUGUAGCAACUCAACGACACGAGAAGAACAUAUAGAUAAGAUAUAGAUUAUUCUGCUAGGAUCUGGGAUUUGAGAGAGAGAAGAAAUGGGCAGGUUGUUCGUGGUGAAUCUGGAAGGGAAGAUCUAUAGCUGCAAGCACUGCAGGACCCAUUUGGCUCUUUAUGAAGAUAUUGUCUCUAAGUCUUUCCAAUGUCGGCAUGGGAAAGCUUAUCUCUUCAAUAAGGUUGUGAAUGUUACCAUUGGAGAGAAAGCAGAGAGGCAUAUGAUGACUGGGAUGCAUACUGUUGCUGACAUUUUCUGUGUUGGAUGUGGAUCAAUCGUGGGGUGGAAAUAUGAGACUGCCCAUGAAAAGAGCCAGAAGUACAAGGAAGGAAAGUCGGUCCUUGAACGGUUUAAGGUGUCUGGUCCCGACGGAAGCCAUUACUGGGUCAGUCAUAGUGCACAUGUUGCUGGAAGUGAUGCUGAUGAUGUUUGAUUUUCCUAUUCCUAAUUGUACAUUCUUUCACCUCUAUUGCUCUUUUACAACAAGUCUUGUGAAUUCUUGAAACCCAUUUCCUCGUUUCGGCAGCUCUCCUAACUUGCUGUCAAAUAACAUGAUUGUAAACAUUCAAUUGCUGAUUCUGAUGUAAAGAUCUGUCUGAAUUGGUUUCUUGCACAGC